AUGUCUGAAAUUAAAACGUGGGCAUUUUGGAGGGCACUUCUGGCUGAGUGUCUGGGAAUGAUCAUCUUUGUCUUCGUCGGCCUGUCAGCUGCAAUAGGGGACCGAAAUAAUUCUUACCCUGACCAGGAGAUAAAAGUGGCGUUCGCCUUUGGCUUGGCCGUCGCCACGUUAGCCCAGUGUAUAGGCCACGUUAGCGGCGCCCACCUGAAUCCUGCCAUCACCCUGGGCCUCCUGGCCAGCUGCCAGAUGAGCGUCCUCAGAGCCUUUUUUUACAUGGUAGCACAGAUUUUGGGAGCAGUCACUGGCAGUGCCAUUGUGUAUGGUAUUAGGCCAGAAACCACAGCUUCACUUGGCGUUAACAAGCUAAAUGGAAUCAGCCCUUGUCAAGGUUUUGGCGUCGAAUUCCUGCUCACCCUCCAGCUGGUCCUUUGUGUGCUUGCAGUCACCGACAAAAGACGUGAUGUUGGUGGAUUUGCACCUCUGGCGAUCGGACUGUCUGUAGGGCUGGGACACCUUGCCGGAAUCAGCUACACAGGAUGCGGGAUCAACCCAGCUCGAUCCUUUGGGCCUGCAAUUAUACAGGAGUCUUUCGCUGAUCACUGGGUGUACUGGGCAGGACCAAUGAGUGGCGGUGUGGUGGCAGCUCUUCUGUACUAUUAUGUGCUGGCAUUCAGAGACGAGCCCUUCAGCCAGCGCAGGAACGUCCUGUUUAAUGGCCCGGAAGAUGAAAACGAUGCAUUCGAAAUAGGAAAGAGAGAAGAGAGAGGGCGGCGGCAGCCCAGGGCAAAGUCAAUGGUCGAAUGA